AUGCGUGCGCCGGAGUCGAUGCGUGCGCCGGAGUCGAUGCGUGCGCCGGAGUCGAUGCGUGCGCCGGAGUCGAUGAGUGCGCCGGAGUCGAUGAGUGCGCCGGAGUCGAAGCGUGGAGGAGGAGUCGAAGCGUGGAGGAGGAGUCGAAGCGUGGAGGAGGAGUCGAAGCGUGGAGUCGUCGAAGCGUCGUCGAAGCGUGCGGCCACCAAAGUGGCGUCGUCGAAGCGUGCGGCCACCGAAGUGGCGUCGGCGAAGCGUGCGGCCACCGAAGUGUGCGGCCGCCGACGUGUGCUGCGAUGA